AUGGAUAUUCACAGGUGUCGCUUCGUUCCCUAUCCCGCUUCCGCCAUCAACGCCGUCGCCUUCUCCCACGCCGCCCUUCCACCCGUCCCAGCCGGCAAGAAGAACCUUCAGAAGAACAUCCAGGUGCGCCUUGCUGUUGGCCGCGCCAAUGGCGACAUCGAAAUUUGGAACCCUCUCAACGGUUCCUGGCACCAGGAGCUGUUGAUCCCCGGCGGCAAUGACCGGAGCAUCGACGGCCUGGUCUGGGUUACCGACCCCGACGAGGAAAUGGCCGACGGCAAGAUCAUCCACGGAAAGUCACGUCUGUUCAGUGUCGGCUACACCAACACCAUCACCGAAUGGGACCUCGAAAAGGCCCGCGCGAAGAAGCACGCGAGCGGCCAGCACGGCGAGAUCUGGUGCCUCGGUGUCCAGCCCCCUUCCUCCGACCUCCACGCCCCUAGAAAGCUCGUCGCCGGCACCGUUGACGGCAACCUCGUCAUGUACUCGAUCGAAGAUGGCGACCUCAAGUUUCAGAAGAGCUUGAUCAGGGCCCCCUCCAAGAAGGUCAAGAUGGUCAGCAUCUGCUUCCAGUCCAGAAAUGUUGUCAUUGUCGGCUGCUCCAACAGCACCAUUUGCGCCUACGACAUCCGAAACGGCUCGCUUCUCCAACAAAUGACCCUCGGCUCCGACCACUCCUCCGCCUCCAAGAACAUCAUCGUCUGGUCCGUCAAGUGCCUACCGAACGGUGACAUUGUCUCCGGCGACUCAACUGGUCAGGUGUGCAUUUGGGACGGCAAGACUUAUACUCAAGCCCAGAGGAUACAAAGCCAUACUCAGGACGUCUUGUGCCUGGCUGUCAGUGCUGAUGGCAGGAAGAUUGUAUCUGGCGGUAUGGAUAGGCGGACGGCCCUGUACGAGCCGGUUGCUGGACAACCCGGUCGCUGGUCCAAGGCUUUCCACAGGAGGUAUCACGGCCAUGACGUCAAGACCAUGGCCUCUUUCGAGGGCAAGGGCAUGAGCGUUGUGGUUUCUGGAGGUCCUGAUGCCAGUCCCGUUGUUAUGCCCCUUCGUGCGGCAGGCAAGGAGUUCCACCGCACUCUCCCCCAUCUUCCUCAGACCGUCAAUGUCAAGAGUGCAUCAAAGGCCCGGUUCGUUGUCAGCUGGUGGGACAACGAGGUUCGCAUCUGGCACCUCUCCAGCCCGUCGCGCGAUCUCUUGAACGGUGCCGUCGCCACCACUGACCUGCGCAAGACACGGAAACUCAUCGCCCAGAUCUACGUCAAGGGCGACCACAACAUUACUUCGGCCGCCAUCAGCGAGGAUGGUACCUUCCUUGUCGCGUCUACUGCCACUGACAUCAAGGCCUUCCAGCUCGAUAUCACGGAUUCGCAACAGCUCAAGAUCAAAAAGGUCGAGGUUGCGAACGCUGGUCACGGAGCUAUGAAGGUGGAAAUUUCUCCCGACAGGCGUUGGUUGUCCUGGGUUGAGAGUGGCAGCAAUGUCAUGGCGGCGGCAAUCACCGUGAACGAGGAUGGAUACACUGUUUCUGCUCCCUCCAAGCUGCGCCGCCUCCACCGGCAAAUCCCGAAGAACAUCCUUCUUGGUGGUCUUGGUACAUACGACCGAAACGUCACACAAAUGGCUUUCUCCCCUGAUAGCAAGAUGUUCAGCGUCGCUGAUAUUGCCGGAUGGAUCGAUACCUGGGUAUUACGCGUCCCAGGAGAGGAGACGAAUGGCACGAAUGAGGAGGCUGACGACGCUUCGUCGAGCGACUCAUCAGAUGAUGAGGAAGAAGAUCAGAAGGGUGCUACUAGUGAGCGCUGGGUACGCAAUCCCAACGCAGCCCUCAUCCCCAAGCUGGACUCGGCUCCCGUUGUCCUCUCCUUUUCCAAGACUCCCCGCCAGGAGGGUGAAGAUUAUACGCUCUUGGCCAUCACAACACUAAAACAGGUUCUUGUAUUCAACCCCCUUCGCGGUGCCCUCGCAGACUGGUCUCGCCGCAACACAUAUGCCAAGCUUCCAGAACAACUCCGUGUCACCAGAGAUUUGGUCAAGGGUGUCGUAUGGCAAGGCCCACGUGUCUGGAUCUACGGCAUUUCCUUCCUCUUCAUGUUAGACCUGUCUCAGGAUCUGGAUAGCCAGGACGCCUCUGCUCUCUCCAAGCAAAAGGCUGGCCUGAAGCGCAAGAGAGAUGGCAAAGAGAACGGCGCAGGCGGCAAGAUGGACAGCCUGAACGCUAUUGCCCCCCACAAGAUCAGGGCGGCCGUUGCCGGACAGGACGGCGCGACAGAGUGGGUUGAUGUCGAGAUGGCGGAAGCCGAUGACCAGAAGGGUGCUGCCAGCAGCGGUGUCGAGGAUGAGGAGGAUGAUGACGACGAGGAUAUGGAUGGCGGCGAGCUCCAGCGUCUGCGCGACGGCGAAAGCAGAGAAGAGCAAAAGAAGGAUACACUGAAGCAGAAGGCCAAGUGGUGGCAUACGUACCAGUACCGACCCAUUCUAGGCAUCGUGCCUCUCGACAGCGAAACCGUGGAGGAAUACAACGGGGUGUCGGAGGGCCUUCCGAUCCCGCCGCUUGAGGCCGCUCUUGUCGAGAGGCCGAGCUGGGACUGUGAAGUACCCCCAAGGUACUUCUCCAAUGGUGAGCGGGAGAGGUAA